UUGGCUUGUCGCGACAGGACGGAACCGUCCGGACUCGGAGUCGGAGGCUGCUGUUUACGGGGAGUAGUCGGGGCGGGGAUCGCUGUCGGCUGAAGCCGGAAAGACCGGACGGGAUCUUUUGUUGCUGCGAAUCUGGGAUACUUAAAUAAUUAGGUGACUUGCGGAAACCCGAUAAUGUCCACUCCGGCGAGACGGCGUCUGAUGAGGGACUUUAAAAGGCUGCAAGAGGAUCCUCCAGCUGGUGUUAGUGGUGCACCUUCUGACAAUAAUAUAAUGUCUUGGAAUGCAGUUAUAUUUGGACCUGAAGGAACACCUUUUGAAGAUGGUACUUUCAAAUUGGUUAUAGAAUUUACAGAAGAGUACCCUAAUAAGCCUCCAACUGUUAGAUUUGUGUCAAAAAUGUUUCAUCCAAAUGUUUAUGCAGAUGGAAGUAUAUGCUUAGACAUUCUUCAGAAUCGUUGGAGUCCAACCUACGACGUUUCUUCAAUUUUAACAUCUAUUCAGUCGCUACUUGAUGAGCCAAAUCCAAAUAGUCCAGCAAACAGCCAGGCUGCACAGCUUUAUCAAGAAAACAAACGAGAAUAUGAGAAGAGGGUAUCUGCUAUUGUAGAGCAGAGUUGGAGUGACUGCUAACCUACAGCAACAACGAUUCUCUGCCAUCUGCUCAGUGCAUUAUUUUAUUUGAAUAAUUGCAAAAUAUGGUGUCAUGAGACUGGCAGAAGAGUCAGCAUAAGUUUUUUGCUGACGUUCUUCAGAAAUUUAACCCUUUCGACGUUUGUGCUGUUAAAGGGUUUUUCUGUUGCAUGAUGUGAAUUUGUAAGCAGUAUUUGAUUAAUCUGUACACUCUUUUCCUUGUUUAGGCAUCAUCACUGACCCAUUCUUGCAUCAACCAGUGUAAUAGCUCCUCACUGACUUGAAUUGAGCGUGACUUGAAUUGCUAGCAGCAGCAGUGUCUGAUUUGCAUUGCAAUAAAUUCCGAUUCUGGAAUCCAUUAUUAUUAAACUUAUAGUUCAUUAUUAAAUGCUGGUGUCCUGAUCACCGGCUGAAACUUGAAGUAUGUCUGAAGAGCAAUUACAAUGCAAUUUGCUCAGCAACAACAAACAGCCUGUUGUGACAUUGGCUUACUGGAAACCUUUUUAGGAUCUUGGUGUGCAUUGGUAGUAAGCUUAUUCUUUUCAUAUAGCUUGCAAUGAAACUGAGCUAAAUUGAUGGAAGGACACAUGCCCGCACUAUUGGAUUUAGGAGUACUAGGGAAAGUGCAUGUUCAUUGAAUAGAAAAGUUGUACCAGCUGUCAAAUCUGAUUAGUUCAAUGUGUUUACAGCCAGCAAUUGGUCAUGUAGAUUCAUGAGAAAAGGUUUGAAUCUGUAAAAUAGCAAAAAGCAGGUGCUUCUAUUAUUCAUGUGUACUCAGAACAAUUAUCUGUAGCAUUGCCUUUAUUAUGGGUGACUAAUGAUUUACUACAUUUUGAUUACUACUCACUUGUGGAUGCUCUUUACAAAGCACAAUUACAUUUAGAGAUGUAUUGAGGAAAAUCAGCAAUCUGCUUCAUUUGGUGCAUGUGUCUGCUUCCUGAGUCAGUUAUGUUUGGAAGAGAUCUCCAAAUAUGUAAUCAAACUGUUCCAGCAAAAAGAGAACUUGCUCUUCCAAAAUAUUCAAUUUCCCCCUCGAGGUACAUAUUUAUGUGGAAGCUUAAAUCCCUUUGGUACUGACGUUACUGAGUUUGGAUAAGCAAACUCAGAUAGACAAAAAAACAUAACAGCCAAAUCUGGUACCAUAUUUUGAUGUCCAUCCAAGAAUUGCUUUUAAUUUAAAUGCAACCUAAUUUUCUUCUGUUCAGUUGAUAAUGGUGUCUUGUAUUCCAGAGAGCAAAACAUCAGAUUUGCUUUUUUAAAAAGCAAUAUCUAAAAUUUUCUGUAGUUUUACGAAAUGUCUAGUUUCAUUUUGAUGACUCAUCCCCAUUUAUAGUUGCCACUAAAGGGGCAAAAUUGAAUGCUCUUGCACUGAAGAUAAUUCAUUCUUGGGGAUGCUCUAUGUAUUGGGUUACAAGCAAGGCUGGUGGUUUCAUUUAAUGACACCUUAUUUCAGCUGUGCAAAAUUGCAUACACUAGCAAAACUUUGAAAUAAUGGUAAAAAUUGAGUAUGAAAUGUAGAGUAUGCCCAGAUUAUUCUCCAAAUUAGCCUGUUAAUGUUUUCACAAGUAAAGAUUAUUCCCACUAACAACCACUUUUCUGUCAAGCAGCCAAACUUGAAAUGAGAUAAUUUAAAGAAAAAAAACAUACUGAGCCACCUUUACAGCUGAAACAUGAAUUGCAGCUAUCGUUAUCAAUAUGUGCUUAGUCAGAGCCACAGUCUGUGUAUUUUCCAGGAGGAAAUUUUCACAGGCCUUGCCAUGAUGGGGAUUGUCACCGUGGUGAGCUGAGUUGUUAGGGUGACCAUCUUCUCCCUUUUGAGGAGCUGUGGAGAUUGGUUUGGUGAUGUGUAUGUGUGUGUGAAAAUACUUCUAAUUUGUUUUCUGCUUUUGCUAUAAUGUACUCUUGUAAUUUUUUUUCCAAAGGUUACAUUUUCUGCUAUUUUGUGAGAAUUACUGUUUAUGCUGUAUAAAGAACUUUUAUUCUUAUUUUGUAAAGAUGUUACGUUUAAAUCUUAGCCCCUUUUAAGGCGCAUCAAACAUUUUUGUACUUUACAAUGCUUUUUAUAAGGAAGUGAGUAAAGGAAAUGUAUUUAUGAUUCCAUUCAAGCAAUUCAAUAGUAGUUAUUGGUCACCAUCUAUUUUACUGAAGAAAACAAAUCAUUUAGUCACUUAACAGGUUUUAUACAGGAGGUGAUUAAUGAUAUUUGUAAUGUUUGUCGUGAUAUUGUGUUUUUGUUUCUACUCGUCUUUCUUGGAGACUUGAAAAGCAAUUGACGGGCUUGUGUUCCAUUUUUAUAAGGCAACACUGCGAGAAUGUUUCCAGCCCUCAGGGCUCUGAUUUCAUGAUGCUUAUGUUGUACAAUAUGUAUUGAUGCAAAAAGUUUCAGAUUUUUUAAAAUAAAAUCUUUGUGAAUAUCCUUUGAAA